UUAGCAGAUUGAUUUUUCUAAGGUGAGAUACGUCGGCUGGGGGUUUGUUCUCCAUCUUCUCAUUGGAAUAGUUGACAAGUGAGUACAAUAUGUUGAAUGAGAAGCGAAUAGAAACAUAUUGAGCUUGACAUCUUUGGGAAUUCCUUUCCUAAACUCCCUAAUCCCUAUUGACACCAAAGAUCUACUAUCUUGAAUCAUCAUUCUGCAAAGUGAAUCUCCUUUAUCAUGGCCACCCUUUUUGCUAUACUCCUAUUCCUUAUUCCCAUAUACAUUCUCCUAAAAAGAAGGAAAAGAACAUCACAAAGGCUUCCACCAGGCUCAUUAGGGUUGCCCCUAAUAGGCCAGAGCCUUGGUCUUCUCCGAGCCAUGCGUGCCAACACUGCGGAGGAAUGGGUUAAACAAAGGAUCAGAAAGUAUGGUCCAGUUUCAAAGCUAAGUCUUUUUGGCAAGCCAACAGUCUUCAUCCACGGUCAAGCUGCGAACAAGUUGGUAUUCACCAGUGAUGCGAGCACCAUUUCCAGCAAACAAACCGAGUCUAUCCGUAGGAUUUUGGGGGAACGAAAUAUAUUUGAGCUCAAUGCCGAGGAUCACAAGCGUGUUAGAAAUGCUAUUAUGCUGUUCUUGAAGCCCGAGUCACUAAAGCAAUAUGUGGGGAAAAUGGAUUUAGAAAUCAGGCAGCAUCUUGAAAUGCAUUGGGAUGGAAAAAACCAAGUAACUGUCUUGCCAUUGAUGAAGAACCUCACGUUUAAUAUAACUUGCUCGCUGCUUUUUGGACUUGAGCAAGGACCUCGUCGAGAAGAGUUUGUGAAGCAUUUCCAAAUAAUGAUAGAAGGAAUGUGGGCGGUGCCAAUCAACUUGCCUUUUACACGUUAUAACGGCAGCCUCAAGGCAAGCAAGAGGGUUCAAAACAUGAUCAAGGAACUCCUACGGGAUAAGAGGGCACAGCUUCAGCAAAAGACUGCUUCUCCUCUCGAAGACCUCAUCACUUGCUUGCUUAGCAUCCGAAAUGAUGAUGAUGAAGAAGCAUUAGCAGAGUUGGAGAUGGUCCACACUAUCAUGGUAGUCAUGGUUGCAGGACAUGAUACUUCAUCUGUUCUGAUUACUUUUCUUUUGCGGGCUCUAGCUAAUGAACCAGCUGUUUAUGCAGCUGUUCUUGAAGAACAGGAAGAAAUAGCUAGAAGCAAAUUGUCAGGAGAGUUUCUAACGUGGGGAGACCUUUCGAAGAUGAAAUACACCUGGAGAGUAGCACAGGAAACUCUUAGGAUCAUUCCUCCUGUCUUUGGUGGCUUCAGGAAUGCUCUCAAAGAUAUUGAGUUUGCUGGAUUCCUCAUUCCUAAAGGGUGGCAGAUAUUCUGGGUUACCUCUAUGACACACAUGGAUGACAGCAUAUUCCCAGAGCCAUCAAACUUCGAUCCAAGUAGGUUUGAGAGGCAAGCAUCAGUACCACCUUACUGCUAUAUACCAUUUGGAGGGGGCCCUCGGAUUUGUCCAGGAUAUGAAUUUGCCAGGAUCGAAACCCUUGUUGCAAUCCAUCUUAUGGUUACUAAAUUUACAUGGAAGCUGUGUGCAGACAAUCAUUUCAGCCGGGAUCUAGUGCCAGUACCUAGUCAAGGACUUCCCAUUGAAAUCAUGCCUAGAGCACAGUUGUAAGUUAUUGAUUAUAUCAUUAUAAUUACAGAACUGUUCAAAAAAUUCAAUGCAGGCUGUGGACACAUUGCUUAAUGUAAUAUUGUACUAGAAUGACACACCCGAUGGGUGUGGGUGUGGGUGUGGGUGUGAUAUCAAUUAAUGUAACAAAAUACUUGCAAAA